AUGGCUAGAACCAGACGUCAAGCUCGUCGUCGUUGGAGACCUCAACGAUAUGCUUCAAGUGAUGAUGAAGCACAGGACUCCUUCAGAGCCGAAGAAGAAGUCCAAGAGAACGACUCCGAUCUUGGAGAACGAGGAGACGCCGAUGAAGACCAGGAUCCACAAGAUGAUCCUGAUGAUGGUGAUGAUCCUGACGAGAAUGAGGAUCCAGAUGACAGCGGAGAUGAUGAUAGCAACGAAGAAGAUACUGAUGACGAGAAGGAGGAAACCGAUGGUGAAGCACCUGGAUCUCUAACACCAGGAUUGGCUAGUAUGGGUAGGAUCCUUCGCUAUGAAAAGAAGUCAGAUAAGAGCAUCUUCAACAAGGCAACAUCAAAGCUUGACGACGAAGGCUUCGACUGUACUUCAGACCAAUUCCUUCAAAUCAUGAAGGCUUUGGAACAUCGAGGAAAUAACUUUGGAUGGAACGACACUGGUGGGCUCUUCUGGGUACUAACACCAGGAAGACAACCUGUCAACUUGCUACAUAGCUAUGGGUCAGUUUCAUUGCCACGAAUCCAACGUUAUGAGCGCACCUAUUGGGACAGUGGAAACCGCAAGAGUCAAGAUGACAGAAUGCUCUAUGAAUGCAUCAUGAAUUCGCUUACUCGCGAUGCAAAAUCUAAGCUCAACAUUCACUGGGAAGACUUUCAACUUGGACCGAACAAGCUUCCUUCCGGUCUAUGCUUGCUCAAAACAUUUAUCCGUGAGGCAUACUUGGAUUCAAACGCGACUACUGGUAUGAUUCGUGAGCAGCUUUCAACGCUGGAUGCAUUUAUCCCAACUGUGGACCAUGACAUCAAUCGGUUCAAUAAUCAUGUCAAGAUGCUGUUGAUGGCACUUCAUGCGCGUGGUGAGAAGACUUUGGAUCUUUUGACCUAUCUGUUCAGGGCCUACAAUGCUUGCAAAGACGAGAACUUUGUCAAGUACAUUGGCGAUCUUCAAACCGAUCAUGAUAUGGGAACGAAAGCGAUCGAUUCCCGUACACUUAUGAGUCUCGCUGAGAAGAAGUACCGCAUCAUGGUGACGACGAAGACAUGGGAAGCACCUUCAGCUGCCCAAGAGGAAAUACUCGCUAUGCAAACGCGCCUGAACAAGCUCUCGGAUAAGCUAGCAGCCAAGACAACGCAAGAGAAAAGAACUUGGUGCUGA